AUGGGAUUCGGUAGGGACAAAGUUAUUGGGAACUAUAAGGUAGUGAGGAUGUUCUUCGAGUCUAAAUAUUACUGCGAGAUUCUUGAUAUAAACAUUGGGGAAUGGAGGAAACUGAAGAGACAACCUCUUUUCUAUGUGGGAGAGAGAUUGAAGUCGGCGUUUGUAAAUGGAUCCAUCUACUGGUUAGAAAUAGAUUCUUUUAGCAUGACUCAGAAGAUACUAGCUUUGGAUCUACACACAAAAAAGUUUCGUAGUGUAAGGACACCACCCCGAUUCUGCGAGUCAGGGCAGAUAGCUAACCUUGAAGACCGUCUAGUCAUAGCAGCAAAUGAUAGGCUGGAUCCUCAUUUUAAUUUUAACAUAUGGAGCAUGGAUGCACAAGAAGAAACAUGGAGCAUCACUUACUCCUUUCCUUUAUCCUUUUCACAUGUAACUGUCACGUAUCUAGAUGUAGGUGAUGAUUGUUUGGAUGGUUUUUAG